AAAAGCGAGUGUAGUGCGACGAGGAAGAGCAGCUACGCUGUGUCGCAGUUAGCAACAAUCCAUUCGACGAUAUAGGUUGUUGGUUAUUCACUGACUUCCAAAGAUGGUCCGACCACAUUUUGGACCACCGCGCAUGAAGCCCAGACCGUAUGGAGAUGGUAAUGGCAUUGGGCAAAGGGAAGGGAAUUUCAACCCCAACUCUAAAAGUCGGAGAGAUGCCCAGGGCUACACAGAAAGGAACUUUAACUGGAGAGAUUCUAGAGGUAGAGGACGACCCCCGGGGGUCAAGAGAGUCCCCCUCAUGGGAGAGCAUAGAGAGCCACGUUUCAGUCAGUUGAGGUCCCCAAAUCAGGAUUCUUUUCACUCAUACCCCCCCAAAAUGGAACCACACCAUAGCCAGAGGAGGCCGACUUCAUCUCGACCAAAUCGCCCUCCUCGGGGCCAGCAUCACUCAUCCUCUCGCAAUCCAGCACAAGGCUCCCCUGGUCACAGGGGGCCACCUUUUCAUGGCCAGCCCCCAGGGCACAGAUCAGCCUCCCCUAGACAUUUUUCUAACCACCCAGCUGACAGGCGAUCAAGCUCUUCACAAGGCUAUCGGGGCUCUUUCAGGGGCUUCAAGAGACAGUCAGGUUUUUCCCAUCAGGAGCACCAGAACCAAGAUCCUCGUAGGAGUUACAGCCCCAGAGAAAGGCCCUAUGAGCAUUCAGGUCAUGGCAUGAAGCGCUGGAAUGAGGCUGGGCCAUUCUCUAAUUCCAGCGAUGGAGAUCACAGGCCCUCUGGGUCACAGAGGAGCCCCAGAGAGAUGAAUGGGAGAGGCUCGUGUCCAGAGAGGUGGUCAUCAGAGCAACACUCCAGGCGGCAGCGUGGUCCAGUGGAGAGGCAGGGCAGCAGAUCUCACAGUAGAGAGAGGACACAAGAUGUCCCUCACCAGCUCCCUUUCAGAUCCCCCUCAUGGAAUCGAGGUCCACCACAGUCAUCAUCCUACCACAGGAGCCCUCAGGAAAGGCAACUGCCAGGAUCCAGCAAGAGGAGGAUAUCCAACAUCAGCAUGUCCUCCUCAGACCCUUUACCAGAGCAUGGCAAUCCAAAACGUCCCAGGAGAGAGAGACCUCAGCUUCUCAGUAUUCCCAGGCCAUUUGGUGCUAGACCAUUGUCUCUUAGGGAUAAAAGUUUCCUGGUUAAGAGACAAGUGAAAGCACAGUCUCUCAUGAGGCUCAGAAUACCUCCAUCCGUGAGACCAAGGCCUCAACUGGGCGACUCCAGCUCUGUUCUUGCCAUUAGGAAGAGGCGGUUCCAGUCAAAUCCAGUUCCUCUGAAAAGGUUUGAAGCAAGGAGGGAAAAACCACAACAGUCACCGUCCAGAGAUGAUGACAGUGACAGCAAGCCUUCAAGAGACUCUGACACAGGCAAAGAACAGGUGGAGUCUCGUCGGCCUGAAAACACCCACAGAUCAUCUCCCAUAGAGAAACGUGAUCUUGUGGUUUUGUCCCACUGGCCACCAGGGCCGAGCUCUUCUAAAGAUCACUCACCCUCUAAAGAUUGCAGUCCAAAGCAGAAGACCGAAUGCAGUUCGGAUGCAAGCACGUCACCAAACAAUCGAUUCUCAAAGACAAAUUACUCAGAGCCUGACGACCGGAGACGAGGACAUUUUGACAGGAGGAUUGGAAGGCCAUUUAAUGCGAUGCAGGACAACAAUAGAUCUGGGAGGUUUUUCAGAAGACCAGGACCACCACCCAUACAGAGACCACGGUUCCAAGGUGGUCCCAGGAAUGCAGGCCCUGAGCUGUCAGGAAAUAUAAGAAGACCCCUCAUGGAGAGCUUGGUGCCUCGUCCCUUCCCAAAUCAGAGGCCAGUGUUAAGAAAAAGUCACAGUAUUAUGACAAAGUACCGCAACAUUAGAGUGAUGCGUCAGCAACGUACGCCGUUCAACAGAGGACCCAACCAACAACGCUGGUGAUUACGCUCCGAUGUGUGACUCCUCAGAUGCAACACUGGAAAACGCAGAAAGUCGAGAUGAUUUCUGCUGUGUGGACUGCACAAACUCUUCUGUCAGUACAAUCUCAACCUGCCUGUAUAUUUUGCAAAUGUUGCUUACAUUUGGUCGUGUUUGAGUUGCAUCUUUGAAGUGCUGUAGUACUUUGUUGUAGGACAUUUGUAACACUACAGUCUUGUGUUUUUUUUUGGUAUUUUGAUUUAUAAAUUGCUGCUUGUGUUCUUAGCAUUUUAUUUUACAUAGUCUUAGCAUCAUUUGUAUGUUUACCACUUCGGCAACAAACAAUUUCAGGGUUAAGGCCAAAAAAUGUUUACUUUAACAUCUCACCUGUAUUGUUUGUAAAUGUAUCACAUGAAGUGUCUCAUUUGAUUACUCAUGGGUGUAUUGAUUAAAAUCCGUUGCUUUUCAGUUGAGCUCCGACUUGUAAAACUUUAAUAAUCACAUCAGUUUGUUUGAAACUUAAAGUAAAAUUGGAUUUAACACUC